AUGGUUUCUUUCACCAAUUUCUUGUCAGCGUCAACUGUGCUGGCUAUCACCCAUGCGCACGGCGUCAUUUUGAAUGCCCAGGGACCUGCGGUCAACCCCGACCUUCCUCGCAAUUGCACGACCAUCUCUCCCUGCCAGCAGGACGCAACCCUGAUCAGAGACGCGGAGAUUCAGCAAAAUCUCGUCAACGAGUGUGGUCGAACUGAACUGGCCGGUAAUAUCGACAUUGGCGAGAACACCGAAAACGCUCUGGCCGCCAAUGCUGUUACCCAAGUCACCAAGGGAAGCUCUAUUGAGGUUACAAUCCACCAAGUCAACGCUGAUGGUGCCGGCCCUUACGUUUGCGAUCUUGAUCAAACGAGCAACGGCCUUCGCCUCGUCGGUCAGAUUCCGUUGAACGUCACAAAUAAUGUUCCCGGUGCCAACGGCUUCUCCCAAGCCAAGGCGCAGCAGUUCAAGAUGACCGUCACUCUGCCCGACGACCUGGCCUGUACAGGUGCCUCUACCGGCAACGUGUGCACAGUCCGCUGCCGGAAUAAUGCCGUCGCCGGGCCCUUUGGCGGCUGCUUCCCUGUCCAGCAGACCGACGUUGAGCCCAAGGUCAACACUCCCGCCAACUUGGCGUCGGCUCAGAGUCUCGAACUCACCCUCGCUCAGACCCAAAACAACCAGGCCGACCUAGUCAAGGCGCUCGAGGCCAACGCCAACGCCGGCACAGACGAAGCCAAGCAGAACCUUGCUGCUGUCGAGGCCAUCCUCAAUAUUAACCCUACCACCAAAGCCGCCCCAGUUCAAACCCCGGAUCUACCUGCGGCGCCUGCUGCUUCGAGCAGCACGGCUACAUCUGCGACUGCUGAGGCUACCGAGGGUGCCGGCAACGGUAACGGCAACGGAAGUGAAAACGGAAAUGGGAAUGCUGGUAACGGCAACAACAGGGGUGGCAAUGCUGGCGGCAACAACAACAAUAAUAACGGAAAUGGCGCCGGUAAUGGAAAUGACAACGGACGGGGUCGAAAUGGCGGCGAUACCAAUGGUGACGGUGGUGCUGGCAACACUGGCAAUGCUGGUGUUGGGGGUGGUCGAUUUGGGAACAACAACAAGCGCAGCAAUGGACUUAGGUGGUCUAACAGAAUGGCAUAA